AACUCUGCUAUGCUGUAGUUUGACCCCACUGCUUCUUGUCCUGCCCUCUGUGGCAAGAGAGAACUUUUCUCCAUCGUUUUUAUGGCAGCCAUUCAAGUGUUUGAAGACCGCUAUCAUGUCCCCCCCUUAAUCUCCUCUUUUCCAAACUAAACAUACCCAGUUCCUUCCGCCUCAUGGUUGCUGUUUUCAAGGUUUCCAGCCAAGGUCUCAGCAGCAGCAGAGCAGAGUGGCCCCAACUGCUGCUGAGAACCACAGCUCUCCUGGAGGAAAUGUGAAUGGUGAGGAACCCAGCCGAGACCCGAUGAGUUCUAGGAGUCCGUGUGAAGCACGUCCGCAGAACAGCUCACCAGGCUGGAUCGGUUACCGAGGGAAAUGCUAUUAUUUCUCAGAGACUGAAGGGAACUGGACCUACAGCCAGAGCCAGUGCUCUGCACUUAACGCCUCCCUGGCUGUGAUCGACAGUGAGCAGGAAAAGGAUUUCCUGCUGUGCUAUGAGGGCUUCCUCAACCGUUGGAUCGGCCUCCAGAGGAAGCCAGGCCAGCCCUGGAGAUGGCCCAAUGGCACUGAAUUCGACAACCGGUUUCCAAUAAGAGGAGGAGGCGAAUGUGCUUUUCUGAUGGAUGAGAACUGGUUUGGCAGCUCAAGGUGUAUGAAAUGGAGACGCUGGAUCUGCAGCAAAUCUGAUGUCUAUACGAUGGGGACGGGAUGUAUCGUGGAGUCAAAACUUUGAGACUUGUGGGAACUGGACCUGGAGAAGUUUUAUUAGAGGGCCCAUCUACUACUAUCUGAAGAUGAUGGAGGCUGUGUGACAGCAUACCCCAUAAGGCUUUAUGGGGGGGGGGGGUGCUUAUAAAUGUAUGUA